CAAUCUGGGCGGCGCGGGGCGGAGCGCUGAGCGUGGCCAAGCUUUGCAUAGCGACCUGCGGGCUUUAAAGGCACCUGUGAGGCUCAGUGCUUAGACCCACCGCGAGGAUCGUCAUCAUGCAUCGCGUACCGCUGCUGCUCGUGCUGGGCUUGCUGCUCGCGGGUCCCGCCGCCCCUGCGCGCCUCGGCCCGAAGCGCCCUUCCCGACUCGGCGGCUUCUCCUGGGAUAACUGUGAUGAAGGAAAAGACCCUGCAGUGAUCAAGAGCCUGACGCUCCAACCUGACCCCAUUGUCGUUCCUGGAGAUGUGGUUGUCAGUGCUGAGGGCAAGACCACCGUCCCCCUCACGUCUCCUCAGAAGGUGGAGCUCACUGUGGAGAAAGAAGUGGCUGGCUUCUGGGUCAAGAUCCCCUGCGUAGAACAGCUAGGCAGCUGUACGUACGAGGACGGCUGUGAGCUGUUGAACAUGUACAUUCCCCCCGGAGAGCCCUGCCCGGAGCCCCUGCACAGCUAUGGCCUGCCCUGCCACUGUCCCUUCAAGGAAGGCACCUAUUCACUGCCCACGAGCAACUUCACAGUGCCAGACCUGGAGCUGCCGAGCUGGCUGAGCACCGGCAACUACCGCAUCCAGGGAAUCCUGAGCAGCGGUGGGAAGCGCCUGGGCUGCAUCAAGAUCGCCGCCUCUCUCAAGGGCAGAUAGCCUGGCGGCAGCCAUCACAGAAUGAAGGGGCACCAGGGAGGCAUGCCUCUUCUUCUGUGUUCCAGGGCCCAGACCUGCCCGCCUCAAGCUCUCUUCUCCAAUGAUUCUCUACCCCUCUCUGCAAAUCACUGUACAACCUGACCUGAGGGAGGAUGGACCAGACGGGUCUGGACAUCUGCUGGGCUGUGAGCCAUGCUCCUCCCCACUCUUUCUAAGCAUUUCUUUCCUGUCCAAAACAGUCAAGGAAUGGGAACCAACGUGUUGGGGGAAUCUUAAGUUCAAACUGACCCAACCUUGGCCUCCCGAAGUUUUCCCUACCCCACCCCUUCUUUUUAGUCAUCGACUUAAAACCAGACUAACAGUAUUAACCUUUCUCAUUCCGCCCUAAACCUCUCCUGCAAAGAGGCCUAGGUAAUCCCUCUUAGUCUGUCCCCCCAUUAACUUCCAUUGCAUUCUCUUCUCAGCUUGCCUAGCCAACACAGGGGCUGAUGGAUCCAGGAGAGGCGGGGCAGUGUGUGGCAGAAACCCCAUGGGAGUUAUGAUGGGCAUGUCCCACUAAGCUCCACAAAAGCCCAGGUGCCUGCAGGGCCAAGCAGAAGACCUAGGGAGCCAAGGCAGUCUCUUCCAGGCAUGGCUUUCACAUUUCCUUUUUUUUUUUUUUGGCAUGAUACACAUACAAGGAAUGGAAUGGCAUUCCUUAUACUAGACAAGGUAUAAAACCCCAAACCCAAUAGCACAUGUGCCAGGUGGCCAGGGUCUGGAAUGGCACAUCUAGUCCUGGGAGGUACAGUCUGAUGUGACCAGUAAGUGCCAUGUAAGAAUGUUGCCAGAUAGUCGCAAUAUUUUUCUCCCUUAGGCCCCACACCCAGACUUUUAUACGAAAUCUUAGCAUUUUUAACUAUUGGUAACAAAUUGUUUUUUUUAUAUGCUGUACAGGCCAAAGGGGCCAUGUGGGCUUGUCUGGGGGUAUCUGGCUCACAGGUGGCUGUUUUCUCAGUCUCAAGUUACCUGGCACCACCUCUUCCCUCUUCAGGGUCAAGUCCAUGGUGCCUGGCCUCAAGGAGGGCUCAGCCUGUACCAGGUCUAGGUGGCAUCUGAGAGCUCGGAACUGUGCCAGCCUCAGAGUACAUCACCAUCAGGGUCCAGGGGCUCACACUGGAGUGGGCCCCCCAGAAGCCACCAUGUGGAACAGGGAUCCCAUGAAGAGAGUGGAUCCUACAUCAGGUUGCACCCUGACAACUUCCCGAGCCUCGGACGGACAGCUCAGGUUCUGGGCUGGAAGCCUAGGCUGGCAAUAAAUCUUUUUAACUUGC